AUGAAUAAUAGCCAACAAGAAGAAACGAAUCAAACUCAACAUUCGAAUAACCCAAAUCCAACCAAUGAAAAGAAUGAAAAAAAGAGAAGAAAAUCAGAAACUAAAUCAAAAAACAAAAAGACAAAAUAUGACAAUAUUGAAAAUGAUACAGACAGUCAAAUCUCCAAACAAGCAGAAAAGUUGGCAACUGACAUUUUCAAACAAAAGGAAGGAAUUCAAUUCGAUCAUUCUUCAAUGGAUCUGAAAUCAGACCACGAAUCACGUCCAAUUUGGGUGUGUAGUGGUGAUAAUGGAGAUUAUCACAUUUUCAUGGAAACUAACACACCAGUUUAUCAGCAGGCUUAUGAUUUUCUUGUGGCCAUUGCAGAACCAAUCUCACGUAUGGAAAAUUUACAUGAAUAUCAAUUGAAAGAAUUCUCACUUUAUGGAGCUGUUAGUAUUGGAUUGACUUGUGAUUAUAUUAUUCAAGUUUUGGACAAGUUGAGUAAGGUUAAAUUACCAACAGACUUGAUUGAUUUUAUUAGAAAGACCACUUCUAAAUAUGGAAGUGUGAAAUUCGUCUUACAGAAGAAUCGAUUCUUUCUGGAAUCUCCUAUUUUACAAAUUAUAGAAAAGUUGAGAAAUGAUUCAGUUAUUGGCAAAGCUGCUCUGAUACCAAAUCCAAAUGAAUUCGAAUAUUUGGAUUCGAGUAAGCGUUUCAUUAUCAAAUCAAAGUCUAAUCAAGUUGAGGCUUUUCAAAAACAAACUCUAAUUUCAACAAAUUCAAAUUCUCUUUCCAAUACUAUGAAUGAACAACACCAUGUUCAAAAGGAAAUGAUUGGAGCAAUCAAUCAUUCGAAUUAUGAAGAAGAAUAUGAAGAUGAUAACGAUUUGGAUAGUGAACCACAUGAAACUCUCUAUUCAUUCGAAAUUUCAUCCAAAUCUAUUGAAUCUGUCAAAAAGCAAUGUAUUGUAAUUGGACACCCAACUUUGGAUGAAUAUGAUUUUAGAAAUGAUAAGAGGAAUAGUUCACUCGUAAUUGACCUCAAACCAACCACCACCAUUCGUUCCUAUCAAGAAAAAUCACUCAACAAAAUGUUCAGCAAUGGAAGAGCUCGAAGUGGGAUCAUUGUUCUACCAUGUGGUGCAGGAAAGACCUUAGUUGGAGUGACAGCUGCCAGCACAAUCAAGAAACACACCCUAGUACUAUGUAUCAAUACAGUGAGUGUCUUUCAGUGGAAGAAUCAAUUCAGAUUGUGGAGUACCAUUGACGAUGAUAGUAUUCUAGUUCAUACCUCACAACAGAAGGCCACUCUUCCAAAAGAUCCAAAUAAGGCCGUUGUGUUAAUCACCACCUAUAGUAUGAUUUCAUUUAAGGGAAGGAGAAGUGAAGAAUCCAAACAAAUGAUGGAGUACAUUGAAAAUAGAGAGUGGGGAUUGCUAAUGUUCGAUGAAGUUCAAGUAUACCCUGCUGAUUCAUUCAGAGCAUCCCAUUUGAAAGCUCAUUGUAAAUUGGGAUUGACUGCAACUCUAUUACGUGAGGAUAACAAGCAGGAGGAUUUAAAUUUCCUCAUUGGACCAAAACUCUACGAAGCCAAUUGGUUGGAUUUACAAAAGAAGGGACAUCUUGCCAAUGUACAAUGUGUCGAAGUUUGGUGUCCAAUGACUGCAGAAUUCUAUGCCGAGUAUCUUUCCUCAAAUUAUGCCAAACAGAGUUUGUACUAUGUGAUGAAUCCAAAUAAGUUUAGGGCUUGUGAAUUUCUCAUUAGAUAUCAUGAAAAGCAUGGAGAUAAGAUAAUUGUUUUCAGUGAUAAUACCUUCACUCUGGAACAGUAUGCCAUCAAAUUGAAACUUCCUUACAUUUAUGGUAAAACCAGGGAGUCUGAGCGUUUGGAUGUCUUGAAUCGAUUCAAGAGUGGUAAUUUUAACACUGUUUUCCUUAGUAAGGUUGGUGAUACAGCCAUUGAUAUUCCUGAGGCAACUGUAAUUAUUCAAAUUUCGUCCCAUUUCGGCAGCAGAAGACAAGAAGCUCAGAGAUUGGGUCGUAUCCUUCGUCCAAAGAAUGGAACCAAUAAGCAAGCUUACUUUUACUCACUCGUCUCACAAGACACAAAGGAAAUGUUCUUUGCAACCAAGAGACAACAAUUCCUUACCAAUCAAGGAUACAGUUUCAGAGUUUUGGCUGACAUUCAAAAGUACUACUCGAGUAAUAGAGUGGAGACCAAAUUUAUGAAAACAAAAGAGGAUGAAUUGGAAUUUCUAAAACUUGUCAAGAAUGCUAAAGAUGUUAAUGGAAAAUUGGAAGAUAUUCCCAAUGAUGACUUUCAAAGUGGCAGCCAUAGUGGUGAUACUAGUUUGGCAUUGCUAUCAGGAGGUGCCAAUGAAGUGUAUUAUCAUACCUUUGAAGCAAGCAAUUCCUCAAAAAAGAAGAAAAAGGUCGCUAAAACUGUCCAUCCAUUAUUUAAGAAACGUAAUUAG